CGAUGGACUCGUUGCUGAAAUCCUUCAUGAAACUAACAGUUUGAAUGGUUUAGCAUUAGUUUCUGAUGGUAGGCUAUGUGAUAGUAUAUUUUGUAACACCUGAAACAAGCAUACUGUAACGCGCGUUGUUGACAACUAUCUUUAACUCUAGAGCGUUUUCGAUAUGUCGGCAAUCGGCUAUUACACGAAACUGUAACCAAGAGCCCAUUCAGCAGUAGGCUACAGGUUAUUUUUAAUCAACGUUAAACCAGUUAGGCUUAUGUGUCAUCAAGUGACAUUUAGGCGCUCUUUUCACUUUGAAGUGCGAGAUGGUUUUAGGACUCAAAACGUUAUCGGAAGUAUUAAGCAAUCGAGUGUGUUGCCCAAGCACAUUAAUCGUAAUGGAUGCAAUAGAGGCGGAGCAGCAAGCCGUGUUCACAUCGGCGAACAACCAUCCUCUGCUGGUUCCAUCCUCUACCACUCACAGUCACUUCUCCGGGUCGCAGUCACACAACCAUCCGAGCGGCGGGAUGAAGCUAGAGGCGGUCAUGGAGAACCUUCAGCGGCAGCAGGCUGCCCGUCUGGCGCUGGAAGAGAAGCUUCGCCAAGCAGAAAAAGACAAAGACCUCAGGUCUAUGAUGGAUUCACAAAUUCAGCAGCAAGCGUUGGCUUUCCGUCACUAUCAGGCAGCGGUGAGGGGUGCUUUCGCUGUCGGAGCGCCUAUCUCGUCUCCGGGGGCAAGUUCUAGCGAACGGCAACCUGCACACCCCGACGCCCAUAGGCUUCCUGAGAGACCCGACGAUUCCGACGUUGAGGAUGACCUAGAGGGUGAUCGUGGCAUGGAAGACGAAGACCGUGAUCUUGAAGACGAAGAUAUUGAUAACGAGGGAUUCAUGGACGAUGAUAUAGAGAGACCUAUGCCUCACUAUCUCCCUCGCCACAGCAUGCAUUCUAAUGCGGGACAAUCUCCGAAGCACUCCGGCGCCAGAGUUCAGCCGUCAUUCUCGGCCGCAAGGCAACCCGAGUCUCCCGGUGGAAUGGCUCAGGCACAAUCGCAGCACCAUGAGUGGACUUAUGAAGAGCAGUUCAAACAGGUAAGGCACUGUAGUUUGUCAUAAACUCCCCAAAAGCACUCAUUUAAAAAAUCAUGCUUGUUAUUCUGCACUGGCCACUCGCUGUUUAAGUUUGUUUCAAAAGUUGUAUACAUUAAGUUCUGCAUUCCUAAACCGCCAGUUUGAGAAUGUGAGAGUUGAAUUUGCAUAUAGGACCUACAUUUGUCAAAUGCUUUUCAGGUCAUUGUUUUGUGUGCCACGUUUAAAUGCUUUUUUUUUUUUGAGUGAAGACAUUUCUCUUGGUGCAAUGUGAAAUAUUAAGACAGCUUAUGCAGCCAAAAGAAUGGUCAGGAAUUCAAACAUUUAUUCAUGUGUACCUUAACAUUACUCACAGCUAAAUAUGGACUGUUAUAUAAAGUUAGUUUAGAAAUGAAAGAAGUUCCCCAUUAAAAUUUUUCUUUCUCUGUUCUGGCUCACACAUGACAUAUUUAAAUUACUGCUAUCAGGAGAGAGUCUAUAUUUUGCCCUAUUUACUGAAAAGCUAUGAUCACAAUUGAAAGCCUGAACUUUGCUUACUAUGUCAGUAUAAAACAAGUAUACAAAAACUUCGGGUGAUCAAUCGCUCUAUAAGUCUAUAUGCAUGUCAGUGUGAUGUCAUUUCUCCCUUAUUUUAUCUAAUACUAAAUGUCUUUGAGAUCAAUGCUACCAAUAAUAGUUGUAUUAAUUCAAGUUGUUUGUGUGUACAUUCCAUGACACAAGCCUUUGCAUCAGCUGAGCCCUAUAGCGAGUGAGCCUGAAUGGACAGGUCAUUUCUUAUUUAUGAUCUAUCACUUACAGACAUUGCUGAAUGUGAUCUGUACUUCGGGGACUGCAUUAGGCCCCACAUUAAUGUAACUUAAGGCAGAGAAACGCAGUCCAAAUUAGGGUAAUAACCUUGAUUGAGGGCCAAGCAAAUGGAAAAAUUGAGUCAUGAGAUAUUAAUCGGUCAGGUGCUUCAGAAAUGAGCAAUCGCUCAGUGUGAAGAAAACAAGUCAACAGUGUUUGUCUGUUGUCUGUGUUUAUAUCUGUGUGGGAAAUCUUUUUCUUUGUGUGUGUUAUAACUGAUAAAAGAACACUAUACGUAGUAGGGAAUUUGAAAACGUUCUGUCAAGAUUUGAAAAGAGUAUAAUUUUUAAGUCAAUUUCUUGAAUUGCAGUGCUUAAUAUUAAAAGUAACCGAAUGUAAAACACGAUUGCAUGCACUAACAGCAAUUGCACACGUAUUGUGAAAAUGUUUAUUCCUGCCAUAGGGUCUCAUUUCCAAAUGCGUUGAAAAUUGUCAUGCUGUGGUAUUCAUAUGUCACUGGUGUGGUAUUGCUGAAGCAUGUUUUUGAAUUGCCAUUCCUACAAAUUGAUUCAAUGGACCCAAACACAAUGAAAGGAUGCCGGUGCCAGUUUGGCAGACAGGCUGGAGCCAGUAUACGGCGUCUUUUCAAAGUUGCAAAAGAAAACCACAUUUAAGGGCAAUAAAUGGCUCCUCUGAAAUAAGAACAAGAUGUGGCUUUGGAGGGAUAACUAAGAGAAACUGGUCAUUGCUUUUAAAGCUGAAUGUUGGCAUUAAGAACUGUUCAAUUAUCAUAAUAUGACUACAAAUCUUUAGUGAUACAGCUGGCAAGCUGGUGACUUUGAAGCUUGUUCAGGGUUUCUACUGUGCAGUUUGUUCAUUUGUU